UUGCCAACGCUCUACAUUGUCCCCACACCGAUAGGGAAUCUCGAGGACAUAACACUUCGCGCGCUGCGGGUGCUUCGAGAGGUGGACCUGAUCGCCGCUGAGGACACCCGUGUUUCACGCAAGUUGCUGGCGAGGUACGAGAUCACAACCCGCGUCACCUCGUUUCAUGAGCACAACAGGCGUUCAAAGCUUGGAGAGCUGCUAGAGCUACUAGUUGACUCGGACGUUGCGCUUGUGUCCGAUGCGGGUAUGCCGACUAUCAACGACCCAGGGCAAGACCUCGUUGCGGCGGCAGUGGAGAGUGGGUUCGACGUGGUGCCACUGCCAGGCGCAUCGGCCGUGACGACCGCGCUGGCGGCGUCUGGGAUAGAGGUCGAUGGGUUCGUUUACGUCGGCUUCCUACCUCGUGAGAGGACGAAGCGCGUUGGCCUGCUGUCGAGCCUGGCCCGGGAAACGAGGGCGAUCGUGGCUUUCGAGACACACACAGACAUAUUCGCGAGGUUCAGUCGGAUGCAGGGCCACGAGGUCGCUAUGGUCUCUGGCAGCGACGCGCACGGCACUCCGGUGACUAUCGCCGCCGACCAGCAGGGCGUCGGGCCUGAGUCGAUAAUAGGGAAAUUCCAGCAGGAGUUCCUGGAGACGUGGGACAGACUCGGAAUCAGCUUCGACCUGUUCACGUCUACGCAUACCGAGAACCACACCCAGGACACGAUGCGUCAACCCUUCUGCCUGACUGACGAGCGAUUUCUUCCGGAUCGCUACGUCGAGGGCAGGUGUCCGCAUUGCGACAACGAGGGUGCGCGUGGGGACCAGUGCGACCGUUGCGGUACGACUCUCGACCCUGAGGAGCUGAUCGGGCUAACGUGCAAAAUGUGCGGGGGCGAACCUGAGAUCCGAGAGACGGAGCACUUCUUCAUCAGGUUGAGCGCGUUUGAAGAUAGACUGCUUGAGUGGGUGAGUCAAAAGGACCACUUUAAACCGAACGUCAAGAACUUCACGAUUGGCUUCGUCAAAGGUGGACUCAAAGACCGUGCGAUUACGCGCGAUCUGGACUGGGGAAUACCCGUCCCGGUCGAGGGCUAUGAAGACAAGCGCAUCUACGUCUGGUUCGAGGCGGUGAUCGGGUACCUGUCGGCCACCAAAGAGUGGGCACAGCGCUCCGGCGACCCCGACAAGUGGCAGGAUUUCUGGCAGAAGGACUGCCGCGCCUACUACUUCAUGGGCAAGGACAACAUACCGUUCCACACAGUGAUCUGGCCUUCGAUGCUUAUGGCGUACGGAGACCUGAACCUUCCGUACGACGUUCCCGCAAACGAGUACGUGAACCUAGAGAGGGAGCAGGUUUCCACCAGUCGCGAUUGGGCUGUCUGGAUGCCGGACUACCUGGACCGAUACGAUGUCGAUUCCAUCAGGUACAUGCUCGCCUCGAUCAUGCCGGAGACGAGCGACUCGGACUUCAACUGGGCGGAGUUCGUUCGUCGCAACAACGACGAGCUAGUUGCUACAUUCGGCAACCUUGUCCAUCGUGUGCUUACGAUGGCAGAGCGAAACUUUGACCGCACGACUCCCGAUCCUGUCGACCUGGACGAAGAGUCGAAAGAGCUGCUCGAAGAGGCCGGACGCGGUUUCGAGGCCGUGUCCAGUGAGCUCGAAAGAUGCAGGUUCAGGAACGCCCUCCAGUCGGCGAUGGGCAUUGCGCGAUCGGCCAAUCGCUACCUUGACUCCAAGGCGCCAUGGCGGGCCGUUAGAACCGAUAAAGACGACGCGGCCAGAACGCUGUGGACGGCGAUGACCGUAAUCAACUGUCUCAAGACGGCGCUCUUCCCGUUCAUGCCGGAAACAUCGGAGAAGCUGCACGAGAUGCUAGGCCUGGACGGAAGCGCAGAGGCCGAGGGCUGGUCAUGGAAUCGAGAGGCACUUGCACCGGGCAGGGCGCUACCGAGGCCUAAGCCACUCUUCACACCAAACUCGACGAUUCAAUCAUCGAAGAGGAGAGGAUCGGUUAGAGAAGGUGGAGCAACGCCUGAAGGAAUUGGCGGUGUCAAGUUUUCCUUCCUGUCCGAGAUGCUGACGCACGUCUACGGUUCAACCGGCAAGCGGGCGAGGCCGGCGAUCACGUUGCUGGCCGCCAGCUUCCACUCCCACGACGAGUACAAGUCCGAGGUCAUGGCGACGGCGGUUGAACUGCUGCACAUCGCCACGCUGAUCCAUGACGAUACGGUAGACGACUCCGACACCCGACGUGGUCGAGCGACGAUUUCCAGCCUGUACGGUAAGGACAUCGCGGUAUUGGUGGGCGACUACGUGUUCGCGUCGUCGGCCACUUUUGUGUGCGACACGGGGCACGUGGGGGUCAUCCGGCGGUUCUCCGAGACGAUCAUGGAGCUAUCCAGCGGCGAGCUACAUGAGAGGGUCAGCGCACACGACCCUGGUCAGACACUCGAUGGCUACCACCAGCGCAUUUACAACAAGACAGCGUCGCUUUUCAGCACGUCUGGCGAGACGGGAGCUAUCCUCAGCGGAGCCCCUGACGACCAGGUCAACGCGCUCAGGGAGUACUCACGCGAGCUUGGUAUGGCGUUCCAGAUCGUAGAUGACAUCCUCGAUUUCCAGGGCGACGAGGAUGAGAUCGGCAAGCCGGUGGGCAGCGAUCUGGCCAACGGAAUCAUGACUUUACCCGCUUUCAUUGCCAGAGAGGCCAGUCCCAGCGGGCAAUCCGAUCGAUGUGUACCUCAAUGA